UGAGUCGGUGGCGGGAGAUUCCAGCAUGGCGGUGCAGCCGAAGCAGAACUUGUCUAUGGACAGCGCGUCGGAAAGCGGCUUUAUUAACUUCUUCUUUUCUAUGCCUGAGAAACCAGACACUACAGUCAGAGUGUUCGAUCGCAGUGAUUACUACACCGUGCACGGAAAAGAUGCUCUUUUUGCCGCGAAAGAAGUCUUCAAGACGAAUGGAGUCAUCAAAAACCUCGGCUCAGGCAGCAGGAGGCUGGAGAGUGUGGUCCUCAGUAAAAUGAACUUUGAGUCUUUUGUGAGGGACUUGCUGCUGGUCAGGCAGUACCGUGUGGAAGUGUACAAGAAUAAGUCAGGCGGCAAGAGCAGCAAAGAUCAUGACUGGCAAAUAGCCUUCAAGGCCUCUCCGGGGAACUUGACCCAGUUUGAGGAGAUUCUGUUUGGUGGAGGAGGCCUGGGGGAAGGGGCUGCUGGAGUGGUGGGAAUACGUCUGGGCACAGGAGGCGAUGGACAGCGUGUUGUGGGUGUUGGAUAUGUUGACAGUACACUCAGGAAAAUGGGUGUCUGUGAGUUUCCAGAUAAUGACCAGUUCUCCAAUCUGGAAGCUCUCCUGGUGCAGAUUGGUCCCAAGGAGUGUGUGCUUCCUGGGGGCGAUGUGGCUGGAGAUGUUGGUAAACUUAGACAGGUGAUACAGCGUGGAGGCAUUCUUCUUUCAGACAGGAAGAAGGCAGAGUUUACAACCAAAGACAUAGUUCAGGAUCUGAACCGCUUGCUGAAGGCUCGCAAGGGAGAGACAGUGUCAAGUGCUGCGCUUCCAGAGAUGGAGAAACAGAUUGCCAUGUCCUGUUUGGCAGCUGUCAUCAAAUAUCUGGAGCUGCUUUCUGAUGAGGCCAACUUCGGUUCCUUCAAGAUGACCACGUUUGACCUUAACCAGUACAUGCGUUUGGACAAUGCUGCUGUGCAGGCUCUUAACCUCUUUCAGGGUUCAUCUGAUGAUCCAUCUGGUACUCAUUCCCUGGCAGGGCUUUUGAACAAGUGUCGAACUCCUCAAGGCCAACGACUGGUCAACCAGUGGCUCAAACAGCCUCUGAUAGACAAAAACAAGAUUGAGGAAAGGCUAGAUCUUGUGGAGAGUUUUGUAGAGGAUUCAGAGCUGAGACAGAGCUGUCAGGAGGACCUGUUGCGGCGCUUCCCUGACCUGAACCGUCUGGCUAAGAAGCUCCAGAGGCAGAGUGCCAAUUUGCAGGACUGUUACCGGGUCUACCAGGCUGUGGGCCAGCUGCCGGGUCUUGUACUGGCCCUGGAGAGGCACACUGGGAAACAUCAAGUCCUAUUGAAUGCAGCGUUCAUUUCACCCUUUAACGACCUCAUCUCAGACUUCUGCAAGUUUCAGGAGAUGAUUGAAACUACACUGGAUAUGAACCAGAUUGAGCACCAUGAAUUUCUGGUCAAACCCUCUUUCGACCCCACACUGAGUGAACUGAGGGAAAACAUGGACCAGCUGGAGAAAAACAUGCAGGCAGCUCUGAACAGUGCAGCUCGUGAGCUUGGUCUGGAUGCAGGCAAGACAGUGAAGCUGGAAUCCAAUGCACAGAUGGGUUACUACUUCCGUGUCACCUGCAAAGAGGAGAAAAACCUGCGCAACAAUAAGAAGUUCACAACUCUGGACGUGCAGAAGAACGGAGUGCGCUUCACCAAUAGUAAGCUGAGCUCUAUGAAUGAGGAGUACAUCAAAAACAGGGAGGAGUAUGAGGAGGCUCAGAACGCCAUCGUUAAAGAAAUUAUCAGCAUUGCUGCUGGCUAUGUGGAGCCCCUGCAGACUUUGAAUGAGGUGAUAGCCCAGCUGGAUGCAGUGGUCAGCUUUGCGGUGGUGUCCCAUGCAGCCCCUGUGCCCUACGUGAGACCAAGGAUACUGGAGAAAGGCAGUGGCAGAUUGAUCCUGAAAGGGGCACGACAUCCUUGUGUAGAGGCUCAGGAUGAUGUGGCCUUCAUCCCCAAUGACGUAACCUUCACUAGAGGAGAACAGAUGUUCCACAUUAUUACAGGCCCAAAUAUGGGUGGGAAAUCCACAUACAUCCGUCAGGUGGGUGUGAUCGUACUAAUGGCACAGAUUGGCUGCUUUGUGCCAUGUGAUGAGGCGGAGCUGAGUGUAGUGGACUGUGUGCUGGCCCGUGUGGGUGCAGGGGACAGCCAGAUAAAAGGAGUAUCCACCUUUAUGGCGGAGAUGCUAGAGACAGCAGCUAUCUUGCGUUCUGCCACUGAGGACUCUCUGAUCAUUAUUGAUGAGUUAGGCCGUGGCACCUCCACAUAUGAUGGCUUUGGUUUGGCUUGGGCCAUCUCUGAGUACAUUGCCACACGUCUCAAAUCCUUCUGCCUUUUUGCCACUCACUUCCAUGAGCUGACUGCUCUGGCACAGCAAGUACCUACGGUCUGCAACCUCCAUGUCACGGCACUGACUACUGACAGCACUCUCACUAUGCUUUACAGGGUGAGAAAGGGUGUGUGUGACCAGAGCUUUGGGAUUCAUGUGGCAGAGUUAGCAAACUUUCCCAAACAUGUAAUUGCUAAUGCACGGGAAAAGGCUCUGGAACUUGAGGAGUUCCAAGAUAUCUCCAGAGUAGAUGAAGAAGGGGGAGAUGCUGGACCUGAAGCCAAGAGACGCUGCGUGGAGAAACAGGAAGGAGAGAAGAUCAUUGAGGCUUUCCUGGCUAAAGUGAAGUCGCUGCCAGUUGAGGGCAUGACUGAUGAAGCUAUCAAGGCAGAGUUGCGCAAACUGAAGGCUGAAGUGGUGAUCCAGAACAACAGCUUCGUUAAUGAGAUUGUGGCCCGAGCUGAGAAUGUGAAAAUGGUUUCAGUGUGAGAGGACUGUGCAGAGGUUUAUGAUGUGAAAUAGAUUUCCACUUCUUUGUGAAACAACCUAUGAUGAAUAUUAUAUAUUUUACAACUAUGUUCUUUUCUGUUUUCCCCUAUUAUCUAUGCACCUGUCUCUAUUAUGUCUUUUUCAUUAUUCUGUUUUUUGUAGUAAACUUUUUCUUUCUAUUUGCA